GCCCCUUUUUCGCGGCAGCAUUUCGCGAUUACAAAAGCUUCCACCGCAGGACCUGAAGCUUAACAGUUUUUUGUCCUACGGGUUAAAUCAGAACAACAUUGUUUUUUGAGGGGAAAAUGUCUGUCUCUCCUAACGGCGAUAUGAUGUUCUGUAAGCAGAACACCGGUUAUGAGACGAUUGUGAAUGACAUCAUAGCAUUGAACGCGAACGCACAACCUUGCAUUGCAUCCGAGGCGUCCGGGGUUAGGCCUGACAACACCACAACACCCGGAAGAAAAGUGGUUGUGACUGCCCAGAUCCAUGCCCCACCGCAAACAUCUACAAACUCUGCACCAACUGAUCAUAUGAGGAGUCUUGCUAACACUAUACCACCAUUAUCACCACAAGCAUUUGUUGAUGGCAGUUCUGGUGUAGGUGUUAGGAGGCUAUCAAUAACACAUCAGGAAGACCAGGACGUGACUGCUCUGUCGGUUCAGACUGGUGGACAAAAGACUGCAAGACCCAAAGAGACCGGUGUGAUACCUAACACCCCUGAGCGAAAACGUCCAAGACAAUCUACUGAAUCAGAAGACACAGCGAUCUGUAACGAACAUGAUGUUCAAGCAUGGGACGGGUGCGAUACGACCAGCACGUCUAAUGUGGAUCAGCAGAAGGAUUUAAAUCAAUCCCCAGACACCGUUGAAAACGUCGCAGAUUCAGACGGUGAUGCAGAAAAACUUUCUUCAGACCAAGAGGAAUACAAGAACCGACAGCAGAACGACGCAAACAGAGAAAUUUGGAACCGUCUGAACACUGUUAUCAAGAACCAAGAAAUAAUUCUAGAGCAGCAAGCACGUUUUCAUCAGAUUAAUGUCGAGAACCAAGAAAAAAUUCUAGAACAGCAAGCACGUUUUUAUCAGAUUAUUGUCAAGAACCAAGAACAAAUUCUAGAGGAGCAAGCAUGUUUUCAGCAGAUUAUUGUCAAGAACCAAGCAGAUUUUAAACAGAUACUACAGAAAACACUUAAAAUAAUUAUUGCAUCGCAAAUACGUUUCCAGACCUAGGAGACGGUGAAUUUAAACAGGAGCUUAGUUUGUGGACUGAUAUGUUAUGUUGAUGUAUAUGUGAUCUCCUGUCAGAGAUAGUGUGAUUAAACCAGCGAUACGCUCAAACAGGAAGUGUUUGGUGAGAUUUCCCACUGCUUGUUAUUCUUAUGGAUGUAUUAAAGCCCACACGUCCACAUGGUUCUGUCUGUUUCCCAGCUCUGACUCACACUGACAUGAGCUGAAUAUCAUUUAAUGCUCAGUUUGUCUAACAGAAAUGAUGUAUUCACAAAUCAAUAAAUAAACCGUCAAUAAAAAG